AUGCUCCCUGCUCACGAACUCAAGCGACUUAUUGAGAGAAGAUUCGAAGAAAGAGCAUCUAUUGAGAGUACUAUUAGUGCCAACUUUCAUAAAUGCCUUUUUAAAGGCUUUGACCAUCGAUUCGGCGUCAAGAUUAUCAUCAAGGCCAUCGCAACUGGGACAGACGAAAGGUUCGAGAGAAAGCGCAUCCGAAGGCUCACCAAUGCCCUUGACCGUGCAGCCAAUAUGUUCCCUCAUGUUCAGUCUCUUGCCACUCUUAUGGACUAUGAGGUCCACCCUAGCCACACAUUCCUCGUGUUCAAAGCAUACGGCAAAACGCUCACCGAGGUCAUGACCAUGCAGCAAUUACUUCCAUUGCCUUCAAGCCAGAUUAAAGGGAUAGCGUUCCAGAUCCUAUCAGCGUUGAGAUUCCUUCACGGUGAAGAUAUCGCGCAUACCGAUAUCAAGCCCGACAAUAUUGUUCUUGUGGACGACGCUGUUGCGUCAUACGAAGACUUCCAGAAUGGAGAAUUUGUAACUAAAUACUUGCUCAAAAACAUAUCCGUCAAACUUGUAGACUACGACGACUUCACCGAUCUCCAUGCAAUACCAAGACCUCGCCAUCUUGUUGGAACGUCAAUUUACAGACCGCCCGAAGUCAUCUUGAAUAUGCCUUGGAGCACGCCUGUGGAUAUAUUCGCAUUUGGCUGCACCAUUGCAGAACUGUAUCUCGGCCGUCCCUUGUUCCCGCAUUCUACUGGUCCAAGUCAUCAGUUGGCAAUUAUAGAGGAGAGGCUCGGGAGAUUCCCUCAUUCCUUCAUUGACAGAGUCAACAGGGGGGGGUUUAACGUCUUCAGACCUAACGGAGAAGUUGAUUGUGCCGAACCCGUAGCACAGCAUUUGGCAGUAGAGGAGAGGAAACAUAUAUCUCUCUGCAUCUUGCGUCCCAACUUACUUGAUUUGCUCAAGCUUUGCCUUCAUCACGACGACAAGAAGCGAUGCUCCGCAAAGGCCGCUUUGCAGCACAGAUUCUUUAAGCGCCGAUAA